UAUAACACACACCCCACUCUGUACAGAGGGAGUCUGAACAGCAGUGAGGCGGCGCUAAUCUGCCAUUCUCAGAGCUCAUACACAAAGGCCUCCUGGUCUUGGGUGCCAGUGUCUGAGACACAAGCAAUCCAUGUGGCCUCAGCUGGUAAACACGAGAAUGCUUCAAUUUCCACGGAGAUGGAUAAAGAGAGAGUCUCAUCUGAUGUCUAUGAUGGGUCUAAGUUUCCUCUGAGAAUCUCACCAGUGAAGUUUGGAGACAGUGGAAGGUACACCUGCUUUUAUGAAAGUAUCAGAAUGGCCUCAAUAAAUCUGGUAACUAUUCAGGUCUCAGCAGAGCCCCCUGGUGGUCUGUCCAGGAAUCAGUCGGUUGUGCUGAACUGUGAGAUUUCGCAGGGGAUCGAAUCUGUGACCCUGGCCUGGCUCCAGAUGAAAGGGGGCAGAGGGGAGCUCGUAAAACAGGAGGUCCUGACAAAGACACCCCCAAAAACGAUGCUCAGUCUCACCCUGCCCAGCCUCACUGAAGACCAGCUACACUGGGCCUGUGUGGUGUUCACAGGGAGCGUGCUCAGAGCACAGGUCCCCCUGCACCUCACACUGCCAACAACGCCCAUCACUGACCCCGAAAAGUCAGAGGAAGAUGAUGGAAGGCGGCUGGUGAUCAUUUUGGCCUGUAGUGCCGCGGUGUGUGUUGGACUGUUGUUGUUGUUGUUCGGAGGACUGUUGUCUCGCCGUCUGAAAAGAGCAACUGCAGAUGGAGGGAACGGUGAUUCCAGUGCAGCUGACAACGUCUACAGUAACGUCGCAGAGAUACAGAACGAUCGAGCAAACCCAGGCACAGCCACAGAGGAGAAUGAGAGUGAAGAACUCCAGUACUUGGUAUUUUCCCAGACUGCUCCCAGUCACAAUCCGCACAGACAACGGCAGGAUCGGUCUGGACAAGAUGAAAAUGAUAAAGUGGUCUAUGCAAGCAUCUGCAAAACAUGAUAUGCUGCAAUCAAAUGGAUAAACAAAACAAGAUCUAGAUGUAGAUCAAGAUCUACAUUUCAAACUUGUCUGUACAGUGCAAUUCAAAUGGAGAUGGACGAAGACAAUAUACCGAUGUUUCCAUGACCUGUUAAUAUUUGAAUUUGCCACUGUUUCAUUCCUUCUGGUAAAAAAUAGAAGCUUUUGCCAGUGAAGCAUACAUUUGUUUUCUGGAAAAUAUGAAUGUCAUUGUGAUUUUAUUCUGGUUGUUUUCUUUAAUAAGAUAGAUAAUAGAUAUAUAUUUUUUUUAAUGGUGUUUUGGUUUUAUCUGGGUACUGUGGUAUACUCUUCUGUCAGCAUGUAAUGGAGUAUAUAGUAACUAAGUAAAUAAGUCGAAUAAGUACACUUAAUAUAGUGAAUAGUAAAAAAGCUGCACAUUGUUCAUUAUGUAACUUUGAAUUGAAGUGUUUUAAAUAAUAAACUUCCUCCUUUUUUCAUAACUGA